AUGGCACGAACAGUAGAAAACAUGAUCAUGUUAGAGGAUGUCUCUGAAAGAGGCAUUCUCAAUAACCUCAAAAACAUGUACAGAAAGGAUUCUAUUUACACCUUCAUUGGAGAAGUGCUCAUUUCCGUGAACCCCUUCAAACAAUUAAACAUUUACAAUGAACAAAAGUUGAGACAAUAUCGAUCUCAUUAUCCCUUCGAACUUCCUCCUCAUGUCUAUUCCAUUGCUGAAAGUGCUUAUCGAAAUUUAAUUUCUGAAAGAACUUCUCAAUCGAUCAUCAUUUCGGGAGAAUCAGGAGCAGGUAAAACCGAAGCUGCCAAACAGAUCAUGAAUUACAUUGCAGCAGUGAGUGGAGGUCCCACUGAAGAUAAAGUCAAGACACAGAUUUUGAAAAGCAAUCCCUUGUUGGAAGCUUUUGGUAAUGCUAAAACUGUAAGAAACAACAAUAGUUCCAGAUUUGGUAAAUAUAUGGAAAUCUUCUUUUCCGAUCUGAAUCAAAUCAUUGGUGGUCAAAUCAUGCAAUUCCUCUUAGAAAAGUCACGUGUUGUUUCACAAUCUCAAGGCGAACGUAAUUUCCAUAUUUUCUAUCAAAUUUUCACAGAUGAUGAAAUUGCCAAGAAAUUGUCACUGACCAAACCCGAACAUUACAAAUAUCUCAGUAACACCUACAGUGUCGAUACCAUUGAUGACAAGUUAGGUUUUCGUGAAACCAAAGAAGCUCUCGACUAUAUUGGAGUGAGCAAAGAAACUCAAAUGCAAAUUUGGGAAGUUGUCGCAGCAAUUCUCCAUUUAGGAAAUAUCGAAUUUUCACAUUCCGAAAAAGGAGACAAGACAGCUCGUAAAGAUGGUUCACAAAUUGUGGAUCGUACUCCUUUGAAAUUGUGUGCCAAGUGUUUACAUGUUGAUGAAGGAAUGUUAGAAACUGCACUCACGACAAAAACAGUAGAAGCAGGUGGAAGAAAUUCAACCUAUAUUAGCCCUCUGAGUGUAGAGGGAGCCUACUUUGCAAGAGAUGCAUUGGCAAAGGGUCUUUAUCGAAGAUUAUUUGAUUGGAUUGUGAAGAGUGUGAAUGAGUCCAUUACUUUACCUUCUUUGAUUAAUCGUCGAUUAUCUACCAUGAAUGGAAAAGCACCCAAAAAUGGAAAGAAAGAAGAGUCCAGCAAACCCAAUGAAUAUGUCACGAUUGGUAUUCUCGAUAUUUAUGGAUUUGAAAUUUUCCAAACCAAUUCUUUAGAACAAUUGACCAUUAACUAUAUUAACGAAAGACUUCAACAAAUGUUCAUUGAAUUAACUCUCAAAGAAGAACAAGAAGAAUACGUCCGAGAAGGCAUCAAAUGGGAAAAAGUUCCAUACAAUGACAACAAACCAUGUGUGGAAUUAAUUGAUUCCAAACUUGGAAUUUUCAACUUGUUAAAUGAAACAAGUUUAUUAAGCAAAGGCGAUGAUGACUUUUUGAGAACGGUCAAGACCAAUACGAGCAAGCAUCCAUUCAUGGUUCCAGACGAUAAGGUCAUUUCCAAGGAACAAGAAAAGUGUUUCAAAAUCAAACACUAUGCAGGAAUUGUGGAAUAUCAUUCGGCUGGAUUUGUCGAAAAGAAUUUAGAUACCUUAUUCCAGAAUUUAGUGGCAUUGGCACUCACUUCCAAAUCGACCUUGUUGACUCAAUUAUUCUCCAAUGAUAAAAUCAUGACUGGUGGAAAUAAUGUUGCGACGAAACCACCCAUGAUUUGUACUCAAUUUAAAAAGCAAGUCGAUCACUUGAUGGCCAAAUUGUACGCGUGUAAACCUCAUUACAUUCGAUGUAUCAAACCGAAUGAUCGAAAGAUUGGAAAUUGCUUUGAAGAUGAUAUGGUGACUCAUCAAAUUAGAUGUUUGGGUUUAUUGGAAAAUGUGUUGGUGAAGAGAGCUGGUUUUGUGUAUCGUCACAAAUUUGACUUUUUCAUUCAUCACUACAAGGUCACAACCAAAGAGACGUAUCCAUUCUUGGCAGCUCAAUUCCACAACAAUCAAGUUGAGGCGAGUAAGCACAUUAUAUUGAAUGUGCUCAAAUCCAAUACGGAUCAUUCGAAAAUGUUCCAAAUUGGUAAGACCAAGAUCUUUAUCAAACAUCCAGAGACUAUCUUUUCAUUGGAAGAGCUCAGAGAGAGAGCAUGCCCUGACGUUGCGACCAAGAUUCAAAGAGUCUUUCGUAGAUUUAUCGCCAAAAAGAAGGCCGAAGAGAAUAAGCGUGAAAUUAAUACCAUCUUUAAGAAAUUCCAAAAGAAGAGAAGAAGAGUGAGUUACAAUCGAAUCUAUCAAGGCGAUUAUUUGAACUUUGCAUUCAAUUCAGAAAUGUCCAAAGUGUUAGCAAAAGAAAAUGAUUCCAACAUUGUCUAUUCUGGUUAUGUGAAAAAAGUGAACAAUCGAAACAAGGUUCAAGACAGAACAUUGGUCAUGACUCAUAAGAAUAUUUAUAAUUUGGAUUGGAAUGAAAAGAAGAAAAAGAUCAAGGUCAAGAGAGUUCUUCCAAUUUCAGAUUUGGCUGCUGUCAAAGUCUCUCCAUUCACAGAUGGAUACUUUAUACUCUUCUUCAACUCAAGGUAUUGCUACUUCUUUGAUUCUGAUGAUGCUUCUGAGAUUAUUUCCAUUCUCAUUAGAUUGUUCAAGCAAUCAAAGAGAGAAUUGUCCAUCGAAGUCUCCAAGCAAUUCGAUUACAAGCCAACCCUCAAGGAAACUCGUACUGUCAAAUUCGCAGAGGUGUCAAGCUUGCCUAAAAAUCCAAUUGAUAAGAGUGGCAAGAAUGAGAUUACUGUGUUCGUAGUACCUCAGGCUGAACAGAAAAAUCUGUAA